UUAGCACUUCACGCUUAUAUCUUUUCACCAUGGCCGGUUUAUCUAGACCGAUCCCUAUCGUCGUCUGUGGCAAGGCAGAAAUAGUUGGGAAAAUGGUCGUUGAGGGUCUAAAGCCCGAGUAUGAAGUAAUCCUCUUCUGCCUCGGCAGUAAGCCAACAGCCGCCGAGCUGCCUUUCAUCCUCCGUGGCAACGUGCCCCCAGCCCAAAGCAGCACCAUCGGAACCGGUUCGUACUCCACAACACCUUACGCGGUAAUCAUGGGUGCGGCCUGGAGCGCCGACGACGUAGCCGAUGUCAAGGCCGCCAUCGACGGGAACAUGCCGCCGGACUCCUCUGUCCCUGCCCCCAUAUUGUUGCGUAACGACACUAGCAUACCUACCCCGAAGCCCCCAUCCCCCGAGUACGCCGCCCAGCUCGUCCAACGCAUCCGCGCUUGUCUCGGGAAGAUUGAAAGCGGAAUGAAGCCCAACGGGCUGGAAAAUGGAAUUGUGUGGUACUAAAUGGACUGACUAAAAUUCGCUAUUUACGAGACCCUCUGUAAUCCCCUGCUGCGACGAACGCGAGAGAACGUCCGGCCGGUGGUGGGCAUCAAAAUACAUAAUACUCCCGAUCAAGUAAAGGGGUAC